GACAAACUGAUUAUUUGUAAUUAAGCUCUUCUUAUUAUAGAACGAAGCAUAUUAUCUCAACCAAGCAAGCCUUUACCAAAAAUGGCUUCAUGGAAUUCACUUCCUCUCCACAUUUCUUACGAGAUCGUGGGUUGGCUUGUUUUUACUUGUUGGUCUAUCAGUUUCUACCCACAAGUCAUCUUGAACUUCCGCAGGAAAAGUGUGGUGGGAUUGAACUUUGAUUUUGAGGUGUUGAAUCUCACCAAGCACACAUGUUAUUUGAUAUACAAUGCAUCUCUGUACUUCAGCUCUACCGUACAGAAGCAGUACAAAGACAAGUACGGUCAGAAUGAGAUGAUACCUGUAGCAGCAAAUGAUGUUGCUUUCUCAUCCCAUGCUGUUCUAGUCACAGUUUUUACCAUUUUCCAGAUGGCAAUCUACGAACGUGGGAAUCAGAAAGUGUCAAAAAUAACUUGUGGGAUUCUGUUUGUCGCUUGGACAGUUGCUGCAAUAUGCUUCUUCAUUGCUUUGUCCAAUCAUCAUUGGCUGUGGCUUCUCUCAAUACUCAGUAUCAUUCAAGUUUGCAUGACAGUUAUAAAGUAUCUGCCACAGGCUGUGAUGAACUUCAAGAGAAAGAGUACAGAAGGAUGGAGCAUUGGCAAUAUUCUGUUGGAUUUUUCUGGAAGCAUAGGAAACUAUGGUCAAAUGGUUAUACAAUCCGUAGAUCAAGGUUCUUGGGCGAACUUCUCUGGAAAUAUAGGAAAACUAACGAUAUCUCUGGUUUCUGUAUUCUACAACAUUCUGUUCAUGAUCCAACAUUAUAUACUGUAUCGGCACAAAAAAGUCUCAAACUCAGAGACCCCACCACCUGAAGUCGAGAUCAACAUGUCUUCUGAUAGACCAGUGGCGAAGAUUGUGUAGGAUUUAGUGUGUUCAUCAUCUAUCUUUGAAAUAAAACCAUUCUCUAGACAUGGUUAAUCCAUGUAUUUGAGAUGAGUUACAGUUCUAUUUGUUUUGUAUGUCGUAUGAAUUUGGGUCAUGAUAUGUAUGCCCUUCAUCAAGUAACUAGUCAAUAUAGAUAAAGAGAGAACAGAAACAAGGAAAUUUUGCUGGUUUA